AUGCUAAGCGAGUCAGAGAGCCACUCUCAGAAGCAAAUAACCAGCAGUCCCUGCCUGGUGAUGAAGGUUGAUACAGGCCUAAACAAUCAAAUAUCAACGAAGUCCUGUACAAAGCCAUCUCCUUCCAAAAAGCGCUGUUCUGACAAUACUGAAGUGGAAGUCUCUAAUCUGGAAAAUGAACAGCCCGUAGAGUCAGCUCCUAUCAAAUCUUGUUCUCCAAGUCCUUCAUCUUCUCAGGCACAGCCAAAAGCCUCAGCUCCUGCCAGCGAGCCUGUGGCCCCAACUGAACCAUCACUGGUCUCGAGGAGAGGCCUGAGCUCAGAACCAGAAGCUGCCACAGCCUCAUCAGUCAGAACAAGAAUGCAGAGACUGGCUGAACAGAGGCGCCACUGGGAGACAAGUGAGGCUACAGAACCCUCAGCUGAUCCACCUGAAGGUUGCCGCCCUUCAGUGUUGUCAUCAGAGGGCAGGUCUGUAUCCCCUCCCACACCAUCCCCUUCUGGUGACCCAUCCGCUCCCCUUGGCAGAAGGGGCCGUCUAGCCAAUCUUGCCGCUACUAUUUGCUCCUGGGAAGAUGAUGUCAGUUACUCAUCUGCAAAACAAAACAGUGCCCGGGAACAGCCUGGCACCACUUGUUUAUCCAAACUUUCAUCUGCAAGUGCAUCUGCUGGCAUCAAUAGCAGCAGUGUUAAGCAGGAAGCUACAUGCUGUUCCCAAAAGGAUGGUGCUGGAUCUUUGAAGAACGUCCCAACCGCCAGCGCUGCGAUUUCCAGCUCUGCGAAAGCUACUUCUUCCCCAGUGAAAUCUUCUAUUACAUUCUGCACUGAUACUAAAAAUUGUGAGAUUCAAACUCCUGAGCGACUUAAAAAAACUCCAAUUAGUCCUCUGAAAACAGAGGCCUCAAAACUGGUUGGAAAGUCUACUGUGUCCCAGACAGUACAACGCAAAGAAGAAUCAAAUAGAGAAACUGGUUUGCAGUCUCAGACUAACACCAAUUCUACACAAGGGGUCACAGUGAUUAAGCCUUUCCCGAAACGCUUUGCAGAGCGCUGUCACGAACACAGCAAAGAAAGCCCAGCUCGUAGCACACCCCACAGAACUCCUGUUAUCACUCCCAACACUAAGGCCAUCCAAGAGAGAUUAUUCAAGCAAAACUCUUCUUCAUCCAGCACACAUUUAGCUCAACAGCUUAAGCAGGAACGUGAAAAAGAACUAGCAUGUCUUCGUGGCCGAUUUGACAGGGGAAAUUUAUGGAGUGCAGAAAAAGGUCAAAACUCAAGCAAAAAACCAGAAAGCAAAAAGGAAAUUCACUGCCAGAACACUCCCCUCGGAAAACAUCAACCUGUUUCAAAUACUCCAUCUCUUGCAGUAACAGAAUUUCAAACAGAGAAUCAAACACCAACAGAACCUUCCAGUAUACACCCAGCAGGUUCCAUUGAAUGUGAAAUGAAGUCCAGCCCUUUGAAAAUAACUUUGUUUUUAGAAGAGAAAAACAAUAUAAAUGUAGCAUCAGACCCAGAGGUUGAGUGCCAGACUGAAGCACUACAUGAGAUUGAAAUGAGUGUGGAUGAUGAUAUCAAUAGUUCAAAAGUAAUUAAUGACAUCUUCAGUGAUGUCCUUGAGGAAGGUGAAGUAGAUGUGGAAAGGAAUAAAGAAGAGAUGAAUCAAGCAGAAGCAGAAAGCAGUGAAGAGCAGGAAGAUGCACUGAACAUCUCCUCAAUGUCUUUACUUGCUCCAUUAGCACAGACAAUUGGUGUUGUUAGUCCAGAGAGCUUAGUUUCCUUGCCUGAAUUGGGAUCAGAGGACACCAGCAUAAAUGAAAGUCCCAAACCAGGAAAAUUUCAAAGGACCCGUGUUCCUCGAGCCGAAUCUGGUGAUAGCAUUGGCUCUGAAGAUCGUGAUCUUCUUUAUAGCAUUGAUGCUUAUAGAUCUCAAAGAGUCAAAGAAACAGAACGACCUUCAAUUAAACAAGUGAUUGUUCGGAAGGAAGAUAUCACUUCAAAAUUAGAGGAAAAGAAUAAAUCCAUUUCUUGUCAAGUCACUGUCAAACAGAAAAUGCAGGAACUCAGUAAUGAAAUCAACCUGCAGCAGACAGUGAUCUAUCAAGCUAGCCAGGCUCUCAAUUGCUGUGUUGACGAAGAGCAUGGUAAAGGGUCUCUAGAAGAAGCUGAAGCAGAAAGACUUCUUUUAAUUGCAACUGAGAAGAGAACACUUUUGAUUGAUGAGCUGAAUAAACUCAAGAAUGAAGGGCCUCUGAGGAAGAAUAAUCAGGCUGGUGGCCCCAAAUCCCAAAGAGACUUUGUCCCAUCUAAAGGAUCAGUGACUUUGUCAGAAAUCCGCUUACCUUUAAAAGCAGAUUUUGUCUGCAGUACAGUUCAGAAACCAGAUGCAGCAAAUUAUUAUUUCUUGAUUAUGCUAAAAGCGGGCCCCCAAAAUCUGGUAGCUACACCAUUAGCCAAUGCUUCAAACUCUGUUAAUGGAGAUGCUCUGACAUUCACUACGACCUUUACUCUGCAAGAUGUGUCCAAUGACUUUGAGAUAAAUAUUGAAGUUUACAGCUUGGUACAAAAGAAAGAUUCCUUAGGCACUGAUAAGAAGAAAAAGGCAUCUAAAUCCAAGGCUAUUACUCCAAAACGACUUCUCACAUCCAUAACUACAAAAAGCAAUCUUCAUUCUUCAGUUAUGGCCAGUCCGGGUGGCCUCAAUGCUGUUCGGACCAGCAAUUUUGCCCUCGUGGGUUCUUACACUUUAUCACUGUCUUCAGUGGGAAACACUAAAUUUGCACUGGACAAGAUAAAUUAUGAUGUAAAAGAGCGAGAGCUACUGGGCUAUAUGUUCCAGGAAAAGGUACCCUUUUUAUGCCCUUUGGAAGGUCAUAUUUAUUUGAAAAUAAAAUGUCAAGUAAAUUCUAGUGUUGAAGAAAGAGGCUUUUUAACUAUAUUUGAAGAUGUGAGUGGCUUUGGUGCCUGGCAUCGGAGAUGGUGUAUUCUUUCUGAAAAUUGUAUCUCUUACUGGACUUACCCAGAUGAUGAACAACGAAAGACUCCUAUAGGAAGGAUAAACUUGGCCAAUUGUACCAGCCGUCACAUAGAACCAGCCAACAGAGAAUUUUGUGCAAGACGCAACACUUUUGAAUUGAUCACUGUCCGACCACAGAGAGAAGAUGACCGAGAGACACUUGUUAGUCAGUGCAGGGACACGCUGUGUGUCACCAAGAACUGGCUGUCAGCAGAUACCAAGGAGGAGCGGGAUCUCUGGAUGCAAAAACUCAAUCAAGUUCUUGUUGACAUUCGGCUCUGGCAACCUGAUGCUUGCUACAAACCUGUUGGAAAACCUUAGAUUGUGGGUGGUCUCUGCUUUGUAGAAGAUUAUUGAGCUAAGGGAUAAAUAUAGCUUAAGAGCACCAGGUUGCUGAUUGUAUUUUAUGCUUUAAAUGCAAAAGGGUAUGUGCCAAUAUUCACUACAUAUUAUGCAGUAUUUAUAUCUUUUGUAUGUAAGACUUUAAUUGAUUUCCUUCCAUCAUAAAUGAUGGGAAGAAAAUUCAUUUGUUAAUUUAGUCUAUUUUGCUAAAUCUUAAUUUAAUAGCCUUGAUUUUCUAGAAAUUGAAUUAUUCAGAUAUUCUUGAUAAAAAUUUUGUUUAAGCAAGAAAUUCUAUAUUGCAGUUUUUGGAGCUGUGGGUCUUGAAACAGAAAGGUUCUCCAUCGGUAGAGCUAGAAGCCCUGACUUUUGGUGAGCCUUUCUCUAGUCUCAGAACUUUUUCAUAAAGAUUGGUGAUCAUGGUAUGUCUUUUUAGAGAACUGAAAAGAGUGCUAAGUGAAUUCAGAAGGGUGUUUAGUAAUGGAGAUCCUAUUUUUCCAAAUAGCAUGUUUAUCUAGUUUAAAGCUUGAAGCUGUCUUCAAAUAAUAGGUACAUAGACACUAUUAUACAAUAUUUGAGAGCUUUAUUUAGAAGAUCUAAUAAGGACAUGGUUUACCUAUUCAUUUACUACAGAUGAGAUGCUGUGUGAUGCACAUUUUCCUAGAAUAUAGGCUUUCAAAAGUUUAGUUGUUGUGUAACUAACUUAUUCACUCCUGAAAUUUAUGUGGCAUAUUAGUUCUUUCUAUUCUUAAAACAAGAACAAAUUUAAAUUCUAGAAUCCUAUUAUAAAAGAAAACUUUACCAAGCUGCUAUGGACUAAUAUUUUGCUCGCCAAAGUUCUUGUCCUUUCAUUUUUCAUGUUCAUAUAUGACAGUAUCUAGAAAUCCAUAUAAAAUUACUUGGAAAACUGUUGUGUAUUAAUCUUCAAAAAAGCCUUACAUAAGGAUAUUUUUGUCAUUGUUUAAAGUAUUGUUAACACUGUUCUCUCAACUUUUAACUAUGAUUUCAAUUCCUUUUCUGUGUUGUUAACGUUACUGAUGAUCUCAUUUAUAAACACUAACUUCUGUCAUUUGUCAUUUUUUUAUUCAUUCAAAUGUUUUUCUUUUGUAUAUUAUAAAAUAUAUUUUAUGCUCUUACCCAAAUAAAGAAUUGCAAAUA